AUACUGGCUUGAGCCGGUAAAGAGCCGCCGAGAGGCGGAAAUACAGAAGAUGCUGCUGAGCGGAACCGAAGUUCUGCCGAACCUUCUGCGGACGUGUUUAUUUAUUCACGUGUUUGUUUCAUCCGUAGAAUCAGACUUGAUAGAAUUCGUGUAAUUUAAUUCCUGGAUUUAACCAGAAACGCUCCGUUUUCUUUGUUCUGUAAACGGUUCGUCUGGACUUUAAAGAUCCACCAACAUGACGACGGAAUAAAACACUCGGUUCUUCCGGACCGCCGCUUCCUGCUGCUCUCUGCCGCUGCUGCAGCCAUGAGGGGGACCAACAGCCAGCGCUGUCUGGGUCCCAACGUUUACCCAGAGGCGCCCGAUGGCGGCUGGGGCUGGGCGGUGGCUCUGGCCUUCUUCUUGGUGGAGGUGUGCACCUACGGGACCCUGAAGAGCCUGGGCGUCUUCCUCGAGGACCUAAUGCAGGAGUUUGGGGAAAGCAACAGCCGAGUGUCCUGGAUCAUCUCCAUCUGCGUCUUCGUCUUCACCUUCACUGCUCCUCUGUCAACCGUGCUGAGCAACCGCUUCGGUUAUCGUCCGGUGGUCAUGACAGGAGGCUUCCUCAUCAGUCUGGGAACCAUCAGCUCGGCCUUCACCAACUCCAUCAGCGAGAUGUACAUCACCACCGGCAUCGUUUCAGGUCUGGGCUACUGCCUCACCUUCCUCCCCACCGUCACCAUCCUCGCCCAGUACUUCUCCAGACGUCGAGCCCUCGUCACCUCCGUCGCGUCCUCCGGAGAAUCCUUUGCUAUAUUUGCGUUUGCUCCAGCUCUCACUGCACUGAAGAAACACAUCGGCUGGCGCUACUGUCUGGUUGUUCUGGGAACAAUCCAGGCCUCCGUGAUUGGCUGCGGGCUUCUCCUUCGUCCGAUCAUCAUCGCACCGGAGCCUGUAAAGGAGGCGGAUGGAUCGGAGAAAGACUCUCUGAAGCAGAUGCAGACGGUUUACGAGCUGGAGAAUGAGCAAACCAGAACCUCAAUCAGUUCGGAUAAUUCUGGAGGCUCGGGGGACUCGGGCGUCACCUCCCUCUCUGCCUCCACUGUGGACCUGAGGAUGGCAGGAGCCGAAGCCAAGGCUCUGGAGUGGGAGGAGCAGGACAAAGAAGGCCAGGAGGCAGGUCCUCUGCAGCCCUCCAGCCCUAAGCUCCUGGACUUCUCCGUGCUGAAAGAUGGUGCCUUCAUCUGGUACUCCCUCUUUGGACUGUUUGCCACGCUGGGGUUCUUUGCUCCGCAGCUCUACAUCAUCGAGCUGAGCAAGAGCCGCGGCGUGGAGCCCAGCAUGGCCUCCUACAUGCUCUCCGUCAUGGCUGUGGCUGAAAUCUUCGGCCGCUUGUCCAUCGGGGUGGUGUUGAACAGAGUCCGCUGCAGGAAGACCCUGGUGCUGCUGGGCUGCGUGGUUCUGCUGUGCCUGGUUCUGGUGGCCUUCACUAUCGUGUGGGAGUUCUGGGGUCUGGGGGUUUGCUGCGCCCUGUACGGCUUCUUCAUGGGCACUGUGGGCUCCACUCACAUCCCCCUGCUGGCGGAGGAGGACGUGGUGGGUAUUCAGAAGAUGUCCUCGUGUGUGGGAGUGUACGUCUUCAUCCAGAGCUUCGCUGGACUGGCCGGACCACCUCUAGGAGGAGCGUUGGUGGAUUUCACACAGAACUAUGGUGCUGCUUUCUACUCCUGUGCUGUUGGAAUGGGCCUCAGCGCCAUCUGUCUGGCUCUGGUCGGCCCGGCUAAAUCUGGCUGGUGCCAAAGACGAGGCAGCAACAAGGAGAAAGGAAACAGUGCUAAGGAGGAGAAAAUAUCUAAGGACGGCGACCAGCCAGACUUUCUGGAAGUGGACCUGGUUCUGGAGGGCAGUCCGGCCCGACAGAACAAGGAUCAGGACCAGACCUCUGUUGUAUGAGGACCGCAGCAUGACACCACCUCAUUACUAAGGACAAAGCAGAGUAAGGUCCAGGCGCACUGCAGCGCCCAAAACAGCUGCUGCUGGAUCCAGAUCUCAGGUGUCACUCUUCACUUUCUAACAAGCUUGAAAUUCACUUUUUCCAGGAAGGAACGUCUCCUCUGAGACCAAAGACAUGUUAGUUCGUGUUGUCGCACAUUCCAACACUUUAGGGUAAAACCUCACUAAGAUCUUUCUCUGUGUUCUGGAGCCAAAGUCCUGACGUCAUGUUUGUUCUAAACUCACCAAAGCGUGUUAUUGAUAGUAACUGUCCUUAAAUAAGCCCGACAUCAGACAUUGAACCCAUUAUGGAGUUAAAUAAUGACUACUUUGUGAGGACACUAAAAAGUACAGCCCCAGUGACAGAAACAGUACUUACGUUAUCAGAACUUGACUUCGUCCAUGUUCACAAAACACACUAGAACGGCGGUCCCCAACCUUUUUUACACGAUGGACCGGUUUUUCUACGGACCGGUCAUU